CUGAUGGCGGCCGUGCAGCUGGUGGCGUCCGGAGGGGGACAACAGACACCCGGGGGGUCCCUCACCCUCCGCUGCAAGGGCUCCGGCUUCGACUUCAGCAGCUUCGGCAUGCAAUGGGUGCGACAGGCCCCCGGGAAGGGGCUGGAGUUCGUUGCACGUAUUGCCAGCGAUGGUAGUAGCACCUACUACGCGCCGUCGGUCAAGGGGCGCUUCACCAUCUCCAGGGACAACUCCCAGAGCACGCUCACGCUGCAGAUGAACAGCCUCCGGGACGACGACACGGCCACCUACUACUGCGCGAAAGCUGCUGCUGGUGGCGGCUCUGAGCCGGCGUCUGCUCAGGAAACGCGCCGGCGAGCCGCGUCCCCGCGGGGGACAGGAGGCAGCGAUGCCUGGCAGCCCCCGGCCCUCUGGGACGGCUCCAGCCGCUGCCUCUGCCUGCCCCGAGCCCGCGCCCCGGCACCGACCCCAACAUCCCUGCCGUGGGUCCCAGCAGCUUCCCCAAACCCCGCACCCGGCCCUCAGCCCCACACCCAACACCCAACCUUGCCCCAAGCCUCAACGCUUUGGCCCCAACCUUCACUGCUUUUGCCUCAAAUCCCAACCCUCUGCCCCAAAUCCCAACCAUUUGCCCCAGAACAUGAACGGUUACCCCAAGUCUUGACCGCUUUGGCCCCAAAUCUCAACCGUUGGCAUCAAACUCUGACCGUUUUUGCCCCAGACUUCCAUGGUUUGCCACAGCUCUUGACCUUUUGCCCCAAACCUUGACCAUU